UGACGUAAAUUUGGUCUUCUCGUGCCUGAUUGUGCCUGGUGCAAGAGGAAGGUUUUAGAAACCGCAUUUUUUGAAGUCGUCCCACUGAAGGAGAGAAAUUUACUGUCAUUAAAAUACAGCGAGCCUCAGUUUGCGCCGGGUCCGCAGCGAUGCAAUCACUGAGCGCCUCGGUGUUUACACUUUUGUUGCUUAAUUGUCUCGUUGAUAUUUCUGCGAUGUCACCCUCCGAAAGGCGGUAUGAUUCGAAGAUUUGCUCAAAUGCAACACAAGCAACUCGGUGCGAGAAUUCGUGCUUAAAGGAAUGUAUUUGUCGGGAUGGCAGGGACGGUAGAGAUGGCCGAAACGGUAAAGAUGGCCGUGAUGGACGCGACGGGAGAAAUGCCGGAGUAAAGGGAGAAAAAGGCGAGCAAGGAGGGCUAGGAGAUGUCAGGAUGACAGCAAUCAAGGGAGAACAAGGUGUGCAAGGACUGCCGGGAGAUGACGGGAUGGAAGGAAUCAAGGGAAAUAAAGGAGGACAAGGAUUUAAGAGACUCAACAAUUUAGCUCCUGAUUAUUUGGUUGACCUAACCAUGUUUUUGCAUGAACCUACAAGCGUGGUUGUUAUUGCUUACUGCUCCAAGAAAGUCAAGCAAGGCCACGAGCCCCAAAAGCCAGGCCGUCACUGUCUGGAUAUUUUAAAAGCAGGCCACGGUCGUGGAAACGGACUUUACUGGAUUGAUCCAAACGGAGGCUCGACAGAUGACUCAUUCCAGGCUUUUUGCGACAUGGAGACCGAUGGUGGAGGUUGGACACUAGUUGCAACGAAAGUGUCUCCAAGCUUCCUCUUCAUCAAAACAACAUUCUCAGCAUCAGCAGCAAGAACCACAGACGCAGAUGCGGCGAGUCACAUCCAUCCUAACAUGGGGGACUGGGAAGAAGUCAUGUUCCGAUUUAGUGACGUCAAUACCAUCCGAGUUAUUUACAACAGGAAUACAGGCGCUCCAAAUAAGGACAAAAUAAACUUCAACAAGUUUUUAAUGGGGGCACAUUUUCGGAUGGCGCGAAGGAGGGUGCAUGGGUUUUACAAGUAUAGCCCGGCAAAUAUAAACAAGAGGAAUGCUUCUUUGACUUUCGCCUCAAUAUCUAAACUGUCCUAUGUGUCAGAUUAUGGUAUUUCUGAAAGUCACAUCUACGGCACUGACAAGUGGCUUGACAUGUAUAGGAUAGUAGAUUACUCAGACAAUUAUCAUCUCGUCGACGACAGCCGCGCUCGUGGUACCAAGUGUAUCGCGGGCUACUGUUACCUGAACAAGCCAAUCUGGGUGAUGGUGCGAUAGAAACAAACCACAGUUCAAAUCUGAAGAAGAAAAGGCGUUGUCGAAUUUCCGAGUCAGGAUGUGAUCAUAAAAAGAAACGUCUUGUUGCGAUAGCCAAACCUUGUCUUAGCAAUAUUGUGUAAGUGGUAAGAGCUAACUAAAAGAACUGGUACUAGUGUCGAUUAUUAUAAAGGAUCGUCAUAAUCUCGGUUUAACUUGUUAAAAUAAACCUUAUAAAGAUGUUGAUAUACAGAAUUGUUUUUUUUUUUUUUUUACUGUGUUCGCUUUCAGCGAGUAUUUUUAGGAUUCGUGGUAAAUUCAACCUUCUCGAUAAGAUGUGAAGGCUAUGUGAAAAUGCAGAGCUCUUCAAAAAUUACAAUUUUUCGUCUUUUUCUGCUUUUUUUUAUCAAAGUGAUAAGUCUCACGUGGAAAUACGUUUUAAUUUCCACUUCGAAUUUGCUAAAUUGAGAGCUCAGGUGGUGAUUAUUGAAUGAAAAGACUGAA